UUUGGCAGUUGCCCCAAGAUGGCGGACUCGGCUGGCGUGCGACGGGCACUGGCAGAAAAGUGGAAAAAUCACGUUAAGUUCGGAAUUCUGUGUUAAACUCUUCAUGCCGACGGUGCCGCAAGAUUGAGAAAGCUUCGUGCGAAUAAGAAAGUCUGUCGAGCAUCAUAGGAAGAGCGAUUUCAUUUGCGCGCAAUGAGUCUAGACGUAUCCAUGAGUCCACUUGGAGAAUCCAGAAAGAACAAAAACGAGAAGCAGUCUUCAACGCACAUCAAGAGGAGUCUUCGUCUUUGAAAGAAAGAAAAAAAAAAUCUUUACGAGUUUUCGUCUCCACGCACGCUCUCUUCCGUUUUCUUCGAAGCGUUCUGUCGUAACGUAUUUAAUAAUCUAGUCACUCAGGGAGAUGGCCACAAUGACAAGCGGCGACUAUACUUCAGUCAAAGAUUUCUAUCGAGAUCGCUCGAUCUUCAUCACCGGUGGUACAGGAUUUAUGGGGAAGGUCCUCGUGGAGAAGCUGCUAAGAUCCUGUCCUGGGAUAAAGAAUAUUUAUUUGCUAAUAAGGCCGAAGAGGGGACAGGAUGUUCAGCAAAGGUUACAGGAACUUUUGAAUGGGCCGCUGUUCGAGAAACUGCGCCGGGACUGUCCUUUGGAGCUGACGAAAAUAAUACCCGUAGCCGGCGACGUAACGGAAUCUGAAUUGGGUAUCUCGGAAAUCGAUCAGGAAACGCUGAUUCGAUAUGUUUCGGUGGUGUUUCAUUCAGCAGCUACCGUCAAAUUCGACGAGGCCUUAAAACUAUCUGUAACCAUCAACAUGCUUGGAACUAAGCGCCUUGUCGAGCUGUGCCAUCGCAUGCACAACCUUGAGGCUCUCAUUCAUGUCUCUACCGCUUAUUGCAACUGCGAUCGUAAGGAUGUGGGUGAGGAAAUCUAUCCAGCACCGCAAGAUCCUGAGCAAGUGAUCGCUUGUACGAAAUGGAUGGACGACGCCUUGGUCGACGAAUUGACACCUAGAUUGAUUGCCGGACGACCAAAUACAUACACGUUUACCAAAGCAUUGGCCGAGAGGAUGCUUCUCAGGGAGAGUGGUAGUUUACCUGUGGCAAUAGUCAGACCGUCUAUCGUACUGUCAUCAUUCAGGGAACCAGUGGCUGGUUGGGUCGAUAAUUGGAAUGGUCCAACUGGAAUAAUAGCUGCUGCUGGUAAAGGUUUCUUCAGAACAAUGCUAUGUCAUGAACAGAAGGUCGCUGAUCUCGUUCCGGUUGACAUUGUCAUCAAUUUGAUGAUCUGCGCUGCCUGGAGGACAGCGACUCAUCGUUCUGAAAGUAUCACUGUCUAUAACUGCUGUACCGGUCAACAAAAUCCUAUAACGUGGAAACAAUUCGUCGAUCUGUCUUUCAAAUACAGUCGAUUACAUCCAGCCAAUGACGCAGUCUGGUAUCCGGGUGGCUGCUGCCGAAGUUCUACGAUUCUCAAUCAAUUGUGCAUAACGUUUCAGCACAAACUUCCGGCUCACAUCUUAGAUCUACUUGCGCGCAUCAGAGGCACGCGACCCAUAAUGGUUCGUGUUCAAGAAAAGCUGGAAAAGGCAGCUCAGUGUUUGGAGUACUUCAGUACGCAACAGUGGAACUUCAUGGAUGACAAUGUUAGAAGGUUGGGAGAAGAGCUCAGUCCCGAAGACAGGCAGACGUUCAUGUUUGACGUGAAGCAGAUCGACUGGCCGUCUUACUUAGAGCAUUAUAUUGUGGGAAUUCGACAGUUCAUCCUCAAGGAAAGCCCGGAUACACUGCCAGCUGCCCGCUCACACAUCACAAAAUUAUACUGGCUGCACCGGGCGGUGCAAUUUGGAGCGCUGUUAAUAGUCCUGCGUGUGUUUCUGUCGCGCAGCUCCUUAGCGCGAUCAGCCUGGUUCUCUCUUUUGUCUAUCGUGCUCCGCAUGUGCCGCAUGAUUGUUUGACGGCUCAGAACCCCGGUUGACGAUAAUAAUACGCGUAAUAAAAAGCAGAAGCUAACUUCAGAGCAUAAUCUAAAGGCGCGAAAGAACGCCCCUCGACCUUACCGCUCAGCCUCCUCGACGAUAAGGCUCUAUUUGCACUCCCAUGAGUUGGCCUUUUCAAUGUUUAUAUUCAUUCGUAAAUAUUAGCGAUGGCUAGGGGUGUGUAAUUCUUUUGAAGAAUGUCGGCUACCGAUCGAAUCGAACGAGCGUGCCGCAGAGACACCUGCAAUCCGUUUCAAUUAACAUGUAAGUGGCGAAUUGCAGCGUUACUUCCUAUCGUGCCAUAAGCAGGCUGAUUCUUUUAGAAAGCUUUCAAAAGACGUAAACUUGUACACCCUUAUAAAGGCAACUGUUAUUACAUUAGAACGCGUUUAAUAAGUUCAAUAAUAAAAAUCGCACCGAAUACAUUAAGAAACGGCGCUUUUUAUUAUUAUUACCUACGAUCGGCAGAGUUUUCAUCCGGAUUCUCUUAUUGUAAUGCAAGGAAUGAAUUAACGAACGCGCCUGCUACCUCCUUGUGACCGUUUUCUCUAAUUAUCGAGAUCCUAUCUUGAUAUUAUUCAAUAUUACAUGAGUGUCGAUGGACCGCGACUUUGAUUCGUGGCGGGAAACAUGAAUUUGUGAUAUUAAUACAAUUAACGACGUACGGUCUUAACGAGAAGAAGCUUAAAUACGACUCAAAGCUUCUUCGCGUUGCGUAGGGCCCGAGUUAGCUAAUACCAAUCGCUAAAUCAUACGAAGGUUCGUCUACGUAUCGUAUAAGACACCCAUCCAUUUUUUAUAUUCGUCGGUAUCUGGCAUUCUUUUCUUGUGCUCUUCUACGCUGUGAGAUACCUAGGUCAGAUAUUUAGAAAUGGAUUAAUCUGUACUAGAUUAUAUCCCAAAUUCUCAUUACCUCUGCGAACGUAAUGACGUCGCAGAUAGUGUAACGAGCUUAAAGUCGUUAAUAAAUACAAUACGCAAACAAAUUAUAGAGUACAUAUUUCGAGUCAAUGUCAAUUGAGCAUAUGACACUGGCUUGAUAUAAGCACUUAAAGGGAAAAAAUAUCUCAAGGUAUCUUACAUAUUUAUUGUUAUCGUGGAGUAUAGUCUUAAUCUUUGGUAAAAUUUUAAAGGCAUCGGCAACUGGGAAACGUAUAAUUAAUAAUUUGUUAUUUUAUUGCUUAUGUUAAAAUUAUAACAUUUGUUUAUCAACGGACGUGAUGGGAAAUCAAGCGCGGCAGCCUUUGUCUCAAUUAAAUGAUAAUUUAGAGAGUAAAGGAAAGAAAUAUCGAGUCUGUUGCAUGAUAAUUGAAAAGUAAUUGUCGUAAAUUUAAUAUUUAUCGUGGUAUACCUCGAGUACUUCUGAUAUCGAUCAAAAGCAUUUCUACUGAGAAAUUGCUUAGAAUUAAGGGGAGAAGUGGGGUCUCGGUACCUUUCAUAAAGGGUAUAACCGUUAGACAGAGAUGUUAAACCUUUUUGUAUCAAGUUGACAAAUUGAUGCAAGAGACUCGGAUAUUAUAUAUAAAUAAAGGAACGAAGCGAUUCUUAUGAGAAAACUUGAGAAAACAAAAACCAUGUGGCAUGCGUGAUUUGAGUCCUAUACGUGUAUUUUAAUAUAUAUAUGUAUAGGUAUAUAUAUAUACACUUAAGUUCGCUGACUUGCAGUCGUGCGACAGGUCCUUUGGUUUAAUGCGGAGUAAAAGGUAUAGUCUAUUCUCUAGGUAUACUCUAGUCCCUAGUGAUACUUCCUGAAUAAAAUAGAACAAAAAUGUAUUUCCCAGUAAAUCAAUUACCAAGACAUAAUGGUGAAUGCGUUACGCAGUCGUUUUAUAAGUUGUACAUUGUUUGCGCGAUGAUUCGCAAUUAAAAGAAUUAGUACAAUUCGUGAAAAACUCUAAACGAUAAUAGGAAAAGUGAUAGUAUUUCACGAGAAGCGAUCGAUUCGCCUGGUUUUCGAGGAUUCAUUGUCCGUAUUUAAUGAAAUUGUUGAAAAUUAUAUUCUUGUUUUAUUGAUGAUACCUCAUUUAGCGUUUUGUAAUACGAAUUAACUUUUGAUACCCUUGUCUUAAUUCUUGAAGAUUAUGCAUGAAUCAUUGCGCCAAUGAUAAUAUACAAUAGGGUAUUACCGUUUUAAAGGCACAUACGUAUUUUAGAGAAUUUUGAUAAUUGUACUCGAAUUUAUUUGCCGCUCGUUGCCAGUGUCUUUGAGAUAUUCAAAUUGCGAAUAGUUUAAUCCUUGAUUCAUUUUUAAAUGGAGGGUAUUUAAACUUAAGCUAUUUGUUAUAUAAGUCGGAGUGGGCUUCCCCUAUUUAACAAAAAAAUUGAAAAACAUUGUUUUACCAUCUAUCGUUCACCGCUGCCAACAAAUGAAUAUUGAUGAAGAAAAAACGAAAUAAGGAAGAAAAAAUGCGUAAAGAAAGAUUUAACAAAUUACUUACUAAAAGUAAGAAAUUGAUGAAUUACGAUUAUUUAGCGUGAGAGACUAAAGAAGAAGAGGCGGAAGUGGAUAAGGAGGUUAUGAUAGCGCUGCGAAGGUCACCACCAGCUAGUCUCGUCUGUAAUGUUAUCCGGUCACAUGAUGCAUACAACAAAACAAUAUUUAAUAUUAUUAAUUUAAUUAACAUUAUACUGUACUAUUAUAAAACAGAUUAAAAAACAAUGAACUAUUGCAGAAA